AUGAUAAAAUUGGAGAAUAAUUCAUUAGAAAAGCUCAAAGAACCAAGUCAUAUAAAUAUUAGCACUAAAACAGUCAAUAAUAGUACAGAUUUACAAAAAGAUAAAGAAGUAGAGAAAACUAAAAACAACGUAAUCGAGCAAAAAAGAAAAUUAAAUAUCACGAAUGAAACAGAAAAUGACUCUACAGUAGAAAUAAUUAGGUCAUCUACUGAUACUCUAAAACGUAGAAAAAUAGAUCUAUGGGAUACAGAACAACUAUUAGAAUAUCCUAAAAACAAAACAAUACCAGCAAAUUUAGAUAUUUUUGACUCAUAUGAUACAAAUUACAAACCAAAACAAACCGAAUAUCUUUCAAUAUUACCAACUAUUGACAAAAUAAUGAAAACAGAAGAAGAAAUAGAACAUGCAAUGACUAAUGGUUUUUUUGAAAACAAUCUUUUUCUUCAAGAUUUUAUUAGAGAAUUUCAGAACAAUUUCAAUGGACGUUAUGAUGAACGUAUAGGAAAAAAUGCAUUUGAAUUUCGAAAAUAUCGUUCAGAUAAUAAAGUAGAUGGUUAUAGAGAUAGUCAAUAUGAACAGCAUUCUAACCAAAGACAACAAAAGGUUUCAGCAGAAUUAAGAGCUGGAGAAGCAACAACAUUGAAACUACCGCAAAUGGCAGAAAUGGGUCUAUUUGAGUUAGGCGACAUGUGGAAAUAUAGUAGAACUCUUGGUUUUAAACAAAGAGGAAAAGGUCGAGACAAGAUCGAAAUUAGAAAAGAUUUACAGCUAACGGGUAUUGAUGAAUCUACUCAUUCAUUAACAUUUUUAUGUCCAAGUUCUACCAAUAUAUAUUUUAUGGAAGGAGAUCCAGGAAUUUCUAUUAGUAAUAUUACUACACCAACAAUGCUAGAAACGCAGAUUCUCGAUAUAGACGGACGUACAGCACAUUCAGAAAGACCUAAUGGUAAUGCAUGGAAAAGUAUUCGAGUACAGCGUCGUGGUCAAGAUAUGGGUACCUUAUUUGAAGUUAGAAUGAAAGCGUUUGAUUUAUAUGGUGUAUAA